AUGGCCAAGAUGAUUACUCAUAGAAUGAAACCCCUGAUGCAGGGUAUUAUAUCUGAUUCCCAAAGUGCUUUUAUACCAGAUAGAUUGAUUACUGAUAAUAUCCUUAUAGUAGCCGAGGUAGGCCAUUAUUUGAAUAGAAAACAGUGUGGGGUUGUUGGUUGGGGUGCUCUCAAACUGGAUAUGGCCAAAGCUUAUGAUUGUAAGGAAUGGUCUUUUCUUCAUGGAAUGUUGCUAGCAUUGGGUUCGCGUAGUGACCCAAUCACGCCCACCCGUGGCCUGCGACAAGGGGACCCUUUAUCCCCAUAUCUGUUUAUUAUAUGCAUGGAAGGUCUUUCAUUAUUAUUACAGCAGGCGCAGAGUAAAGGAUUAAUUCAUGGGUGCAGAGUUGCUAGAGGUACUCCUCUUAUCUCCCAUUUGUUUUUUGCAGAUGACAGCCUACUGUUUUUCAAAGCCAAUGUGCAUGAAGCCACUGAAAUUAAGAAUUGUUUAUCCUUAUAUGAGAAUUGGUCUGGGCAGCAAGUCAAUUAUCAUAAACCAAGUAUAUGUUAUAGUAAGAAUACAUGUCAUGAUGAUAAAAAUAUGGUGGCACAUAUCCUAGGGGUAACACAUGCUCCCAAUUUUGGGAAAUAUCUAGGAUUGCCAUCCUUCGUGGGGAGAAAUAAAAAGGCAGCAUUUGCUUAUAUUGAAGAUAAAAUCAGGCAGAGAAUUGGAUCAUGGAAUAAGAAAUUAUUAUCUCAGGGUAAAGAGAUCUUAUUGAAAAGCGUGGCCCAUGCUAUACCUACCUUUUCAAUGGGUGUUUUUCAACUACCUAUAUCUGUCUGUAUAGCUAAUGAGCGGGUGAUUAAUCGUUAUUGGUGGGGAUCAGGAAACGACCAGGGCAUUCACUGGAAAACACGAGAUAGAUUAUGCAUCCCGAAAAAAUAUGGUGGACUGGGUUUCAAAGAUUUGAGAGCAUUCAAUUUGGCAAUGUUAGGAAAACAGGCAUGGAGACUGCUUACUAACACUGACUCACUGGUGUCUCGUGUUUACAAGGCUAGAUACUAUCCCAAAGAUUCAUUUACAGAGGCAUGUUUAGGAAAUAACCCCAGUUUUUGUUGGCGCAGUAUUAUGGAAGCUAAGGGAUUAAUAUGUAAUGGUGUACGGCGUCGUAAUGGGAAUGGAAAAUCUACCUUAAUUUGGGACCACCCAUGGCUUCAAAAUGACCAGUAUCCUAUGAUCCAUACUGAGAUGCCACCAAGCUUGCUGGAGCUAAAGUUGUGGUACGGGGAUCCUAAUGGUUGCUACUCUGUCAAAAGUUGCUACAGACGCAUAAUUGAAGAUUAUGGGAAUAAUAAUGGGGCAUUUGAUAAAUGGCUCACCCUUUGGAAAAUAAAAGCCCCACCCAAAUGGAAAACCUUUUUAUGGAGAGCAAUUAGUGAUAUCCUUCCCACCACAAACAAUUUGCUUAUAAAGAGGGUGGAGGUUAAUCCAACGUGUGCCAUGUGUGGAAUCAUGAAUGAGGACACUAUGCACUCAUUGGUGUUGUGUGACUAUGCAAAGUCCAUAUGGACUCAAUCUAACCUUCCACUCCCUAUUAUUAUAACAAAUAUUUUCCAUGAAUGGUUUAGUGCAAUCCUGAAUGUUCUAGACUCUAAUGGAAUUAUUUACGCAACUGCAAUUUUAUAUCAUAUUUGGAAAACACGAAAUGGAGCUGUAUGGGAUGCCUGUCUACCAAUGCCGAAGAAAGUAAUUGCAAUAGUCGCUGCCACCAUGCAUGCAUGGAAAAAAGUCCACCACCGCGUCCACGAGGUCGCCGAUCACGCUGCCCGAGCCACAAUUGCAACCGCCGAGCACACUUCGCCGGUAGUACGCACUGGCCAUAUCGCUACAGACCAUUCGGCCGAACAGGCGGCACCUCCUCCGUCGCAGCCGGCCUACCACGAUGCAGCGAUAUCAACAAGGAAAUGUUACGUGGACGCCGGAUACCAUCAUGGGAGAAAAUCAGCCACGAUUGGAGCUGUUCUCCUCGAUUCAGAUGGGCACUUUAUUUUAGCCUUCAGUGCGCCGCUCGUGAGUUGCUUCUCCCCUCUAAUGGCUGAGGCGUUUGCAUGCAAGGAAGCCUUGUCAUGGCUACGAGAAAGAGGAGAACAGUCUAUACAGAUUUACACCGAUUGUCAGACGCUACAGUGUUACCUAUCAGCACCAGAUAUCCAGUCUCGUUCAUACAUUGGCUACGGUAUUGAUAGUUGCAGAAUGAACAUGUCGGCUUUUGCUUCCUGA